AAUUCAAUGCGGUGGCUUUGCUCUCGUAAAACGGGGCUUGAAUUGUGUGAGAGUUUACGGCCGGAUUGGGCUUGCUCUUCUGGAAAGCACCGAUCGCUUAAAAGAGAAAGAUUGGUACCAGUACUUAGGACCAGAUGAAACAUGGAAAGAGGUGAGGUGUCACACCUUUUUCAGUUCACCAAACGUCUACCGCAUGCAUCUAGUGCACUAACCCCUCAUCAAAAUCAAAUGUUGCAAGCAACGCAUGAUGUUUGCACCCAAGAAGCAGCUAGCCAAAGAGAGGCCAAGCAAGGCAGCACCGUGUAUAUAUUGCCUGGGUAAGCUGCGAGCAGACUACACCCUGAGAGGAGAUCACCGGAGAUAUGUACAGGGUUGGCGUGGCGGCGGCGCUCGGCGUUCUGACAGCGUGCGCGUUGGCGGCCGCGGCGGCAGGAGACGGGCGGCGGGUGGAACGGGAGGGAGGAGCCGACCAUGCGGUAGCGCGAGGAGAGGUCACCUACGACGGCAGGGCUCUGGUGGUGGACGGCACGAGGAGGAUGCUCUUCUCCGGGGAGAUACACUACACCAGAAGCACCCCCGAGAUGUGGCCAAAACUAAUAGCGAAAGCCAGGAGAGGUGGCCUCGAUGUGAUCCAAACGUACGUCUUUUGGAAUGUCCAUGAGCCUGUGCAGGGCCAGUAUAACUUUGAGGGGAGAUACGAUAUUGUGAAGUUCAUCAGAGAAAUUCAAGCUCAAGGACUCUAUGUAAGCCUCAGGAUUGGUCCAUUCAUAGAGGCAGAAUGGAAGUACGGAGGAUUUCCAUUUUGGCUACAUGAUGUUCCAAACAUUACCUUCCGAACUGACAAUGAACCAUUCAAGCAACAUAUGCAAAGAUUUGUCACUCUGGUAGUAAACAUGAUGAAACAUGAAGGACUUUAUUACCCACAGGGAGGCCCGAUCAUCAUUUCUCAGAUUGAGAAUGAGUACCAGAUGGUUGAGCCUGCAUUUGGCCCCAGUGGCCAAAGUUACGUCCGUUGGGCAGCUCAAAUGGCUGUAGGUCUCCAGACAGGUGUUCCAUGGAUGAUGUGCAAGCAGGAUGAUGCCCCAGACCCAAUUAUUAAUACCUGCAAUGGGCUCAUCUGCGGAGAAACAUUCGUUGGACCAAACUCACCUAGCAAGCCUGCAUUAUGGACAGAAAAUUGGACAACACGCUACCCUAUAUAUGGCAAUGAUACAAAACUUAGAUCUACAGAAGAUAUUGCCUUUGCAGUUGCACUCUUUAUAGCAAGAAAGAGGGGAAGCUUUGUGAGCUACUACAUGUACCAUGGAGGAACAAACUUUGGGAGGUCUGCCUCUUCAUAUGUAACAACAAGCUACUAUGAUGGAGCUCCUCUUGAUGAAUAUGGUCUUAUAUGGCGACCUACAUGGGGUCAUCUCAGAGAACUGCAUGCUGCAGUGAAACAGUCCUCAGAACCAUUGCUGUUUGGAAGAUACUCCAAUUUUUCAUUAGGUCAAGAACAAGAGGCACAUGUCUUUGAAACAGAAUUGAAAUGUGUGGCUUUCCUGGUCAACUUCGAUAAGCAUCAGACACCAACAGUAGUAUUCCGUAAUAUAUCUUUCCAACUGGCACCCAAAUCCAUCAGUAUUGUAUCAGAUUGCAGGACAACGGUCUUCGAAAUAGCCAAGGUAAAUGCUCAGCGUGGGUCAAGAACUGCUGAAGUUGUACAGUCGCUCAGUGAUAUUCAUACUUGGAAGGCAUUCAAAGAACCAAUUCCUCAAGAUAUAAGCAAAGCUGCAUACACUGGAGACCAGCUCUUUGAACAUCUCUCAACAACUAAAGAUGAGACAGAUUACCUUUGGUACAUCGUCAGCUAUGAAUAUAGGCAGAGUGAUGAUAGCCAGCUCGUGCUUCUUAAUGUUGAGUCCCGAGCACAUAUAUUGCAUGCUUUUGUCAACAGGGAAUUUGUAGGGAGUGUGCAUGGGAGUCAUGAGGCACGUGGCAACAUAAUUCUCAACGCGAAUAUUUCUCUAAAGGAGGGGCAGAACACCAUAGCAUUACUCAGUGUAAUGGUUGGAUCACAGGACUCUGGUGCUCACAUGGAAAAUAGAAGCUUUGGAAUCCGUAAAGUGAGCAUACAACAAGGACAACAACCACUACAUUUCCUCGACAACGAGUUAUGGGGAUACCAGGUUGGCUUAUUUGGAGAAGGGAAUAGGAUAUACACGCAAGAAGGGUCAUACAGUGUUGAAUGGAGAGAUAUCUACAAUUUGGCAUAUCUUCCCCUUACUUGGUACCAGACAACAUUUGCCACACCAAUGAGCGAUGAUGCAGUGACACUGAACCUAACGAGUAUGGGAAAGGGUGAAGUGUGGGUCAACGGGGAGAGCAUUGGCCGUUAUUGGGUCUCAUUCAAGACCCCGAGUGGGCAACCUUCUCAAUCCCUGUAUCACAUACCACAACAUUUUCUGAAACCUAGAGACAACCUCCUUGUUCUUGUUGAGGAAAUGGGAGGCGACCCGCUACAUAUAACAGUGAACACAGUGUCCAUCACAACAGUGUGCGGUAACGUAAAUGAGCUUUCGGCUCCGGGUCUCCAUACUCAAGGAAGGCAUCCAGAAGUAUGUCUACGGUGCCAAAGGGGCAAGCACAUCUCAGCAAUUGAGUUUGCGAGUUACGGGAAUCCUGCAGGAGACUGCACAGCAUUUUCCAUUGGAAGCUGCCAUGCCGAAUCGUCGGAAGCUGUCGUAGAACAGGCUUGCAUAGGUAAGAGAGGUUGCUCUAUUCCAGUAUCCCCUGCCAAGUUUGGUGGCAAUCCAUGUCCUGGAAUCCAAAAAUCCCUUGCAGUCGUGGCAAAUUGCAGAUGAUAGUACACACUGAAGGAAGGAAGGAAGGUUAAUGGCUAAAUGAGCAGCAGGCAGGAAUUGGAUAAAUUGAGGGUGGUAAGUAGACAGAUCCAUGGAUUCGAUACAAAACAGUCCGAUUGGUGUAUGUGUAAUUCACCGAAAACCAACAAAUAGGUCAUUCUUCUGUGAAUUUACAAUGUAGAAAAUCCCUCACAUUUUGGUCGUCUCUUGGGUUCUCUCUGAACCAUGCUACCGCAACGGCAAUCUCGGCCGCGUGUUGCAACCUAGCUGUAACAAACUGAAGAGCGAUAGACCGGCACUUGGGAAUCA